AUGACAAAAUACAGCACAGUCGCGACAAAGAAGGAGCCCUCCCUCCGGGACCAUUACAUCCAUCAACUUACCCAUUUCGACAGGUUUGUCUCCCUCCUCGGUAAGAACGGGCAACCCGCACGCUUCGAGACCGUGGAUAUUGCCGACCUCACGACCAUCCAGUUCUUGCCGGGGAAAACGGGCGCUAGAAUCGUCACGAAAAAGUCCUCCGGCGCGAAUCCGUCGGAGAAAUUCGUCUUCAAGGGCAUGGACUUUGAGCGGUACAAAAAUGACAGCGUCGACUUUCGGCAACACCAAGAAACGACGCUCCUUCACGAGAUCCGCACGCUUCACGCCCUCCCAGCCCAUCCGAACAUCAUGCCCUGCCCCCGGGCCCUCGUCGUCGUCCGGGAUCGGGACGGCCGGGACCGGAUAUGCGGCUUCCUGCAGCCCGCCAUGGACAAGGACUCGCUGGACGAGCAGGUCAUGCGCGCCAAUCGGGCCGGCCGCCGCAUCCCACCCACGCUCAAGGCCAAGUGGUGCCACCAGAUGGCCAUAGCGAUACGACACACACACCGGGUCGCCGGCACCUUCCACAUGGACCUGAAGCCCGGCAACAUCCUCGUCGACGACUACGACAACCUUCUCCUCAUCGACUGGGAACAGAGCGGCUUCUCCAUGUUCACCCACCCGCCCGAGGUCACCGUCGACCAAGAAGCCGAAGAGUCGGCCGGGGCCGGGGCCGCGCGGCCCCGGAUCCUUUACAAUCCGCGCACCGGCCCGCCACGCAAGAACCAGAAGUGGGGUUUCCCGGACUGGAAUGUCCUGCCGGAGUGGAAGGUGUCGUGCCCGCGCGCCGCCGAGCUCGCCGAGGUUUUCAGCCUCGGCAGGACGAUGUGGAUGCUGCUGGAGCAGGUCGAGCAGUCGGCCGAUCCCACUAUAUGGACUUCCGUGGCGUCAGACAUACCGCGGGAGUGGAAGAACAUGGUGAUGCGGUGCGUCGAGAGGGACCCGAACAACAGGCCGGAGCUGGACGAGGUCGUCGACUUUUGGCGGAGGCAAUUGUAA